UGACACUUCGCAGCGCCAGACACGUAAGCUGUUAAAACGGGAGUAGACAGUCCGUAUAUUUCUAUAAUGACAAUAGGUCUGUCUUCGAGUCGCGUCUGUGCCAAGUGCGCUAUGGAAUCGACCACUUUCGUGCGCAUUGGAAUAUAGGGAUUUGGAAUAGACCACUUUCGUGCAAAUUGGAAUAGGGAUUUGGAAUAGACCACUUUAGAUAUACUUGUUUUUAUAGGUUAGCAUAAUUGUUCGUGGGUGGUAUGCCAUCAGAAAUAGGCCUACGUUUGAGUGGAGAUUAUACACGGGUUAAUGUUUCAGAACAUCUUAACAUUUCAGAAAGUCUAAGUUCCAGGACCUGUUGGUCGCGUUGUGUAAAUCCUUUUGGAGCCAAAAAGUGCAGACACAUCUCAUCUCUUUCCUGGCCCGCGUUUUGCCAUAGAGAACGGAUCAUGGUGGCCUUCAAGGGUAUCUGGACGCAGGAGUUCUGGCGUUGCGUCGGGGCGGAGUUCCUGGCCAUGAUGAUGUUCGUCCUCCUGAGCCUGGGUUCCACCAUCAACUGGGCGGUUAAGGAGGAGCGUCCAGCCCAGCCUGACAUUGUCCUUAUAUCUCUUUGCUUCGGACUCAGCAUCGCUACCAUGGUCCAGUGCUUUGGACACAUCAGCGGGGCCCAUAUUAACCCCGCCGUGACCGCUGCGAUGGUUGUGACCCGGAGACUAAGCCUCGCAAAGGCUGUGUUUUACCUCCUUUCCCAGUGUCUGGGGGCUGUGGCAGGGGCAGCUGUGCUCUAUGAGGUAUCUCCACCAGCCGUCAGGGGCGGAAUGGGCGUCACAUUGGUAAACACCAGUAUUUCUGUGGGCCACGCCCUGGUGGUAGAACUCUUCAUCACAUUUGAGCUGGUCUUCACAGUGUUCGCUACCUGUGACCCCAAACGCAACGACCUGAAGGGCUCGGCCGCCCUGGCCAUAGGUUUCUCUGUCUGCAUCGGACACCUGUUUGCUAUUCCCUACACUGGUGCCAGUAUGAACCCUGCUCGUUCACUUGGGCCUGCUGUGGUCACCUGGAGCUGGGAGAACCACUGGGUGUACUGGGUCGGCCCGUUGCUGGGAGGUGUGAUAGCUGCAGCUCUAUAUGUCUACCUGUUCUGUCCAGACCCUGAGAUGAAGAGAUGUUAUACUGAAGUCCUCUCCAAGACCGGCUUCAAUUCCUCAAAAUACCAUGAUGUUCAGAGCAGUUUCAGAACAGACUGCGACAAACUGGUCAAAGAACUGCCUUUCACCGUGAUGGAUGUGGAGAGAGCUGAACAGAGGGAGAGGGAAGUUCUCUCUUCUGUAUGACUAGUGAGGUGUGCUGAGAGAACAGAGCACACCGCUGUACAGUCAUCUGACCCUGACAUAUACCCUUCCCUUAAAGAGACUGACCUGUUGUCCUGACUGUAAAAUAUACCCUUCCCUUAAAGAGACUGACCUGUUGUCCUGACUGUAAAAUAUACCCUUCCCUUAAAGAGACUGACCUGUUGUCCUGACUGUAAAAUAUACCCUUCCCUUAAAGAGACUGACCUGUUGUCCUGACUGUAAAAUAUACCCUUCCCUUAAAGAGACUGACCUGUUGUCCUGACUGUAAAAUAUACCCUUCCCUUAAAGAGACUGACCUGUUGUCCUGACUGUAAAAUAUACCCUUCCCUUAAAGAGACUGACCUGUUGUCCUUACUCUAAAAUAUACCUGUCCCAUAAAGAGACUGACCUGUUGUCCUUACUCUAAUAUAUACCUGUCCCAUAAAGAGACUGACCUGUUGUCCUGACUGUAAAAUAUACCCUUCCCUUAAAGAGACUGACCUUUUGUCCUUACUCUAAAAUAUACCUGUCCCAUAAAGAGACUGACCUGUUGUCCUUACUCUAAAAUAUACCUGUCCCAUCAAGAGACUGACCUGUUAUCCUUACUCUAAAAUAUACCCUUCCUUUAAAGAGACUGACCUGUUUUCCUGACUCUAAAAUAUGCUCUUCCCUUAACUAGACUUAACUCUUGUCUUGCCCUUAUAAUAUACCCGUCCCUUAAAGAGACUGACCUGUUGGCCUGACUCUAAAAUAUGACCUGACUCUUCCCUUAACCACACUGACUUCCUGUCCUGCCACUGAAAUAUACCUUUUCUUAAUGACACUGACCUCUUAAUGAGACAAAGAUGAAUAAUGAUUAUUGGAGGCAGACUGGAUGAAUGUAUUCUACUGUUGCUAUUGCUUUUCCUUUGUUUUAUCGACUUUCUACAUUUAAUCAGACUCAUGCACGAUGACCCUCCUCAGUCUUCAGUUAUUAGUCUAGUGUAAUUGAUGUUAUUGUAUAUAAAGCAGAUUAUGAUAACUGCUAAGCCAUGUUGGACAUGCCUGGAGUUUCAUAUCAGUUUCCUUCCCUGAGCUGUGCUUCAGCACAUUGUGGUACCUCAUAACAAAUAAAGUUAGCUGGCUGAUGGAUUGGUUAA